GUGGAGAAGAUGGCGGCCGGAGUGAGACAGGAGCUUGCCCAGCUUAUGAACUCAAGCGGAUCUCACAAAGAUCUCGCUGGGAAAUAUCGACAAAUCUUGGAAAAAGCUAUUCAGUUCAGCGAUGCGGAGCAGCUGGAGGCUCUAAAGGCAUUUGUUGAAGCCAUGGUCAACGAAAACGUCAGCUUAGUGAUCUCCAGACAGCUACUGACUGAUUUCUGCACUCACCUUCCGAAUCUCCCCGACAGCACGGCCAAGGCAGUCUAUCACUUCACCCUGGAGAAGAUCCAACCCAGGGUCAUCUCUUUUGAGGAGCAAGUGGCGUCAAUAAGGCAGCAUUUAGCCACAAUUUAUGAGAAGGAAGAGGACUGGAGGAAUGCAGCCCAAGUCCUUGUGGGUAUCCCUCUGGAAACAGGACAAAAGCAGUACAAUGUAGACUACAAGCUGGAUACAUACCUGAAGAUUGCCCGCCUGUACCUGGAGGACGAUGACCCAGUCCAGGCAGAGGCAUACAUUAACCGAGCAUCCCUGCUCCAGAAUGAAUCCACCAAUGAACAGCUGCAGAUUCACUAUAAGGUGUGUUACGCCAGAGUGCUGGACUACAGGAGGAAGUUUAUUGAGGCAGCACAGAGGUACAACGAGCUCUCAUACAAGUCCAUUGUCCAUGAAAGCGAGCGACUAGAGGCCCUGAAACACGCCCUUCACUGUACUAUCCUGGCCUCUGCAGGCCAGCAGCGCUCCCGCAUGCUGGCCACCCUGUUCAAAGACGAGCGCUGUCAGCAGCUGGCCGCCUAUGGCAUCCUGGAGAAGAUGUACCUGGACCGGAUCAUCCGGGGGAACCAGCUGCAGGAGUUCGCUGCCAUGCUGAUGCCCCAUCAGAAGGCCACCACAGCUGAUGGCUCCAGUAUCUUAGAUAGAGCAGUCAUUGAGCACAACCUACUUUCUGCCAGCAAACUGUACAAUAAUAUCACUUUCGAAGAGCUGGGCGCUCUGCUUGAGAUUCCGCCUGCAAAGGGCGAUUGUCCCGAUGAUGAUGCCCCUGGUUACAGAUGCAACUUGGCGGAAAAGAUCGCCUCUCAGAUGAUCACGGAAGGACGCAUGAACGGCUUCAUUGAUCAGAUCGACGGCAUCGUCCACUUUGAAACCCGUGAGCCCCUGCCUACCUGGGACAAGCAGAUUCAGUCGCUGUGUUUCCAGGUGAACAACCUGUUAGAGAAGAUCAGCCAGGCGGUGCCCGAGUGGACGGCGCAGGCUAUGGAGGCCCAGAUGACCCAGUAAACGGCCUGUGUCACACCCCCCCCCCCCCCGAACAUUCUUCCCUUAACCCUGUCCUCUUCCCUCACUACACCCAGCCAACAUCGCCCCACACCGCAUUUUAGUUCAAAGGUCACGGAAUAACCUUUGUAUACCUUCCCCAAAAAAGGGUCGCAAUCCCUUCCCCCCUGGUUUGGACAUAGCAGUUAAUGCAAGCUGCAGGAUUGGUGAAAAUUUGGAGAGGGGCUUUUUUCUUUUGGAAGUCGCAUUAAACCUGGUUGUUCACUAGUUUCCGUCAAGAAGGUCGCAGAAGUUGGACAACAGAUGCGCCUGCAGGCUGUUUGUGAGUGUUUCUUUGUGGGCACAGCACCUGGCUGUCUGUGCUUAUUGCAAACAACACAAAGCUGUCUUGAGAUUUGACGUUCAGAACCUCAUCUGCUUUUCCAGGUACUGAUGUUGUAUGCCUGCUGAGAUCCAGUGCAGAGGUGUGCUUAUCUGUGCCUGGAGUGUUGCUUUCAUGUUGAUCUUUUUUCUCUCACCAGUUCACAAAUACCUUUAACGAACCCUAUUCCAGUUGAGCCUGUUGAUUGGGUAAAUGCCAUAAUUUGGGGUUUGGAUAAAAUGAAACUCGAAGACACACUGAUAUCGGUUGCGUACCUCAGAAUUACGACACCAGGAUCAGUGGUCUGUUUGAUGCAGAUCAUUUUCACUUCCUCAUACAUGAGCAAUGUGUAUCCACUUACUUUUGUUUGUUUCUAGAAGGAUUUUGCGCAACGCUCUCUUGUCACACCCUGUUAAGAGAUGUUAAUGUCUGGCUCAGAGUGUGUUCCCUGUUCUGAGAUUAAUAAAUCUGAAGUUGAACGAGUUUGUGUUGGCUGCUCCUUUUUCAGAGGAACAGAUUGUCUGUGGAGGGAAAACCAGUCAUCGUCAUCACAAAGGAUACUGAAGCAGGCCUGGUGCCAGGAGAA